AUGCAGGAAGUAUCAGAAGUAGCGGAUGCCCUGAAGCACGCGCUGAAGCACUGCCUGCUGAGCCCGGGCCCGCGCCAGUACUUGUACCAGUUCCGCGCCGCUAUGAUAUACCACCGACUCGGCUCCUUGUACCAUUCCCAGUAUCGCAUAACGUCGGAGGAAGGUCCCCGUCGUCGCGCGCUGUUCGUGUCGUGUCGCAGCCACUACGAGCAGGCGAGCAACAUGUUCGCGGCGCUGGAGGACGCCGCCAUGUUCCUCACCGUACAGCUCGAACAUGUCGCGCUACUCGAGGCACAGGCCGCAUUAUCACCAAACCUGAAACUCAAAUCUCUUCAGUCGGCAGUCCAACUACUCCGUCAGUCGCACUCUAUAAUGAAAGUUUUGAAAGAGAAGGACCCAGAAGAGAAGGAGAAAGUAGAAGAAGCAGAUGACAAAGGAAUGAAGAGUGAACACAGUCUUCUGUCACUAUAUGAGUGUAGACUGCACUAUAUACUUAAAAGUAUUAUACAGUACUGUCUCUCAAAAUCUAACAAGGAUUACGAAAAAAUGAGAGAUACGUACAAGAAAUUGUACUCAGCUAGUCUUCGAAUUAAAAAAGACAAUGAUAUAAGGAUUUUUGCGUCUAGCAUUUGUGACGUUCUAGCCAAUAUGGAUGAAAUAAGUAAACUUUUUUAAUUUAUGUUGUAAGUUUUA